GCUCUUCGCGGUGAAGUGUGCUGGGUGCUUGGAGGCCAUCGCACCCAGCGAGCUGGUGAUGCGCGCCCAGAAGAGUGUCUACCACCUGCGCUGCUUCUGCUGCUGUGUCUGCGAGCGGCGCCUGCAGAAGGGCGACGAGUUUGUGCUGAAGGAGGGGCAGCUCCUAUGUAAGGGCGACUACGAGAAGGAGCGGGAGCUGCUGAGCUUGGUGAGCCCGGCUCUGUCAGAUUCUGGCAAAAGUGACGACGAGGACAGCAUCUGCAAACUGGGCCAAGCCUCAGGGAAGGGCGCCGAGGACGGGAAGGAUCACAAGCGGCCCAAGAGACCUCGGACCAUCCUGACCACACAGCAGCGCAGGGCAUUCAAGGCAUCAUUUGAGGUCUCCUCCAAGCCCUGCAGGAAGGUGCGGGAGACACUGGCAGCUGAGACAGGGCUGAGCGUCCGUGUGGUGCAGGUCUGGUUCCAGAACCAACGAGCAAAGAUGAAGAAGCUCGCCAGGAGGCAGCAGCAGCAGCAGCAGGAUCAGCAGAACACACAGCGCCUGAGCUCAGCCCAGACAAACGGUGGCAACAGUGUGGGGCUGGAGGGGAUGCUGAACCCCUACACCACUCUGCCCCCGCCCCAGCAGCUGCUGGGCAUGGAGCAAAGCGUCUACGGCUCCGACCCCUUCCGGCAAGGGCUCACCCCACCGCAGAUGCCCGGAGACCACAUGCACCCCUAUGGUGCCGAGCCCCUCUUCCACGACUUGGAUAGCGAUGAUACCUCACUGAGCAACCUGGGUGACUGCUUUCUCGCCACAGCGGACGCAGGGCCACUCCAGGCACGAGUGGGGAACCCCAUCGACCACCUCUACUCCAUGCAGAACUCCUACUUCACCUCCUGA